ACCAAAAAACUAAGAGAAAGCAGCAAUUUCCCCUUUAAACUGGUUAGUCCCUUCCCCUCAGCUCAAAGUAGUUCUUGGUGAUAGAGGAAAGUAGCUUAGGCUGAGCUUCUCUUAUCCUCAGUCUCAAAAAAGAAUAAGACAUUCUCUAAGAAGGUUAAAAUCCCCAUUAAUUAAUCUAAAUUAGCUUGGUUGUUACUGUUUGGCCCUUCCAGCAAUAUUAACCCCCAAAUUUGGUGUGCUCCUAUUGAUAAAAGAUGACCAAUGCUAUCUAAAGCUCCUUCCUGUAAGAGGAAGGGUCAGGACCAUCUGAGUUGUGCUGAAAUGACAUAUUUCAUACUGGUUUCAUUUCGCAAGGGACUCAAAGCCUUUCUUCUAAGACUGAUCCCCCUAACCUGUGCUCUUGGUUACCCAAAUCUAUGCUGGAGCUCCCUCCAAGCUCUCAGAACUCAUAAACCUUUGCUGCAAAAAUAGACUUAUGGCUGUCAAUACAUCCACACCCUUUUAGAUCCACUGAUGUUAUUCAUUCAGGCAAAAGAUGAGGGCAAGGACCCACCAACGUUUACAGCAAACUUGAUCUCACCCACCAGAACAGUUGUUCUAUAUUUGGUAGAACUAUGGAUAGUGGGGAAUUGCCUCCAGGAGACUAUUUUAGAUCAUCAUAUAGCAGCUUUAUGAACCAAGUCUCAGUCAAGAGGCAUGGCCUCCCCCAUAACUCCGGGUUACACUAAUGUAGGCCAACAAUGCAACUACAUACUUACCAGGGGUGGGGCAGUCAGAGAUCUAAGAAACCAGCCCUACAUAAUGCCCAAGGAGUAAUCUGCUAAAUGCUUCAUACUGCCACUUGCUACUCAAGCUACAUCAUGAUCAUAAGGCAUCCUAGAUGGAGGCCCACCCAACCUAACCAACUACUGGCUUUACUUCAGUUUUGGAACUUCCCAUAUCUAAAGAGCUAUUUCCUGGAGUGCCUGGCUGGCUUAGUCAAAGCAUGCAACUCUUGAUCUUGGGCUUUUAAGUUCAAACCCCACAUUGGUUGUAGAACUUACUUAAAAAUUAAAAAUAAAGAGCUAUGCCCCAACCACAGGUCCAACUGUGCAAAAAAAGACCUGUGUCCAUGUUCCAGCCUAGGCCUUCAUGAGUACUUUGGCAUCAACUUAAUAUUCAACUUAUCCAGCUCUUCUCAGCCCCUAUAGGGGUCAUAUAGGUCGUUAAGAAAAAUAAUGAGGCCUAUUUCCAGAAUAACUUUGAGAUAUCAAUGAAAUCAGAGAUGGUAUCUAUUUGUUCUUCCUGCCUAUUCUUGAUCUCCAUAUAUAGCCACAGGUCUUAUGACUUCCGAGGUGCCUAAGCUCUAAGUUCACUUGUAGAAUGGCUCUCCAAUAUACAGUGAUGCACCUAACAUAUACAUUGACCACAACUUCUUGCAUGACUUCAUUGAUAGGACUGUAGCCUGCUGAGUUGACAGCUACGUUAUUACUUCAACAUGAUACGUUGUGAACACCUGGUCUAUCCCCUUCUGCAACUAUGCCCCCAAGAACCCCAAAUUGAAUAUUUAGGAGCCUCAAGGUAGUAGUUUUGGAGAAACCUCUGUUCUGUCAAAGGGUGCAUAAGAUGCCGUCUCUUCAGUUUUAAGUUUCACCUUUCCUCCACUUGCCAUUCCUAAACUGUUGGAUCAUAUUGAACACAUCAACUAAGUACCCAAAGGAUACUUGUUUUACAUACAUUGCCCCUGACACAGAAUCCAACUGGUUCAUCUUCCAUAUUACCACAGAGUAACUUAGAUCCCCACUUCUUCAGAGUAUCCUGUAUUAAUUAUGUAUCUGUACUAAUUAUGCCCUCUCCUCUUUCGAUUCUCUAUUUUCUUGUGCCCUUUGGUACCAUAAAUAUUCUGGUAGCCAGUUAAGUGCCUCUAUAAAUGACAAGCUGCACAAAAGGAACUCCAUUAACACCCAGCAAGUCAAGAUCCAGUGUAUUGACCAGCACUAGGCCAUAGGAAAGAUCAUUCAAGUGGAAGUGAAUGUCCUUUCAUAAUAGGAACAGAAAGAUUGCUAUCAAGGCACUUCAACAGCAGAGGUUAUCAUACCACUGGUUUUCCAAGUCUGUUUUUGUUCAUUCAUAUAAACGUUUACAUCUCAUUUCUUUUACCACUCUGCUCUAUCCAGCCCUAGGAGAGAUUAUACCCCUCCUACAACCCAGUAAUCUGCCCUACCAAUCCCAGAAGAUAGCUAGACUAUGUCAUGUGGAAAGCCCAGGAUUCGAUUAUGAAAAGGAGGGUCUGAAGGAACAUUUGCAGAAAUGGUCCUUCCACCUUUAGAAUGCCUUCAAGCUUUCUUUUCUAAGCAAUGUUUCCAAGCAACCAGAAAUCUCUCACCAUAUUGAUUAAUAAACAGAAACUGGAGCUGAAUAGUAGCACCUAGAAUAAAUCUGGGGGAACUACCAGCACAAUAGUUGACUUCAUAGUGAGCUCUCUCUGCUUGCUAUCAUGCUGAGAAUGAGUAUUUCAAGGCAAGUUCUCAUUUUAAACUUUGGCCUAACUAUCCAAUCACCUAUGAAGUAUUACGCUGGCUUACUGUGUUGUAGUCAUUGAAUAAAUUGAUACCUUAACAUCUUCUCUGUGAUAUUCUCUUAUGGAGCCUUGGAGAGAUCCCUAAAUCCAGUUUGAGAUUCUUGGAGCAUUGAUCAUUUCCUCCCUUCACCAUCACCUUCAACAAAUUCAACAGAACAGAUCUGAAUAAGCUUAAACAACAGAAUUUGCUGCUCUCCCUCCCCUAUCCUGCAAUUUAAUUCCUUACAGAUUUUGCCAUGGGGUGCGGACUUAGAAAGCUAGAAGACCCUGAUGAUAGCAGCCCUGGAAAAAUAUUUUCUACCCUGAAGAGACCGCAAGUGGAAACAAAGACAGAAUUUGCUUACGAAUAUGUAUUGCUGGAUUUCACUUUACAAGCCUCGCCAAACCCAGAAGUCAUCAAGAUAAAUUCAAUUCCGGAUAUAGUAACAAAAGUUGAAGACUACUAUCUUAAAGGAUAUAUUGUUGGGGCUAUUCAUCCUGUUAUACAACCUGUGGGGCAGCGAAAACACCUACCUGCAAGUUACCUGUACAGGGUAGUGCUAUUGCGCUUGAAGUUAAGCCUGAAGCAUUCAGCAGCAUCCAGUGGACAAAGACGCCCAAGGCUCGUGAUUGAGGAAUGUCCUCUAACUUAUGAGACACAAACAAAUGACAUAGCAAAAGAACUGAUAGAAAAGAUUAAUAUAGCUGCUAAGAGAGGAAUGAAAUUUGUUGGAUUCAUAUCACAGCCUUAUUCACCACUUAAAUUCUGCAACGGAACCAACCAUGAUGAAGACGUAGAGUCAGUGCUGCCUCUGAGACACACUUCAGAUGAAAACUGUAAAAGUUGGAAUGAAGGAACAUUAAGUGGGCAAUCAUCUGAGAGUGGAAUUGAGGAAGAACUUCAUCAUGAAAGUGAACAGUGUCAGAUGGACCGAGAUGGCAGCCCCAGUUAUUCUAAAUCAAGAAAGGGAGAAGAAAACAAGUUGUAUACAAUAUUCAAUGUUUUCGAUGAUGAAUCAACCUGCUGGACCUAUCAGGAAGGCAUCCUGUCAAUGAAAGUAACAAGAAAAGGAUCUGUCAUUAGUACACUUGAUGCCGAUUGGCUGGAGUUAACUACAUUUUAUUAUAAACAAGGCUUAUCUUUAAUUGAUUCUUUUGUAUGCUGGGAAACAUCUAAAGGGGACCAUUUGCCUAAAUCUUUGGAAGGAUUCUUUAUCUAUGAAGAAGAAGGUUCUGGAGUUCCAGGUUCCAGUAGGAAAGGAAAUGAUGCCAUCGUAGUAGAACAAUGGACUGUUAUUGAGGGCUGUGAAAUCAAAACGGAUUAUGGCCCUCUGCUGCACACUCUGGCUGAGUUUGGAUGGCUCCUGACAAGCGUGUUGCCUACACCUAUACUGCGACAUGACAGUGAAGGGAAUUUGGCUACAAAGCAGGUUGUGUUCCUUCAGAGACCAGUUAUGUGGAAUUCAGCUGCUCAAACACCAGAAAGGAAAGCCAGCCGGCAUACAAAAGGUGAAGACAGGAACAAAGUCACCAGCAGGAGCAUCGGUUUGGACACAGCCACAUCACAACCAACAGACAGCAGAAACCCACCUGCAGAGUGCCUCCUCUCUCCUUCUGGAGAGUGUUGGACAAGAGAGAGGAGGCCGACACAGUACAGCAGCUUCUCCGGCUUCAGCAGCAAUGACAGUGUCCUACGGGAAUUAGACGACGGUCAGUUUGACCAGGAAGAUGGAGUAACUCAGGUCACUUGUAUGUGAGCAAUGAAGUAAAGCAAUGGAAGGCCCUGUAAAUAACUAUUAAAAUAAUUGCCAACUGACUUUAUUGUAUUACUUUAUCUGCAUUUAUGUAAUACUUUGAAUUUUUCCAGAUUCUGGCUUUCCUUUAAUCUGCAUAAACUUUGGCUCAACCUCCCAGACAAGGAAGAAUAACCAACAUAUUUGUAAAUUUAGAAUCAUGUUUACACUUCUCUCAACUAAAACAUCUGUUUAAACAGAUGUCUCAUUAGGUUAUUAACCAAUAAUCUACUUCAGUUUCUCAUGAAUGUACAAGAUGUACUUUUCAUUCAUUUCCUGGUAAGAAGACUAAAUAUAUUAGCCAGUAUUUCACCUAAUUAGAAAGUUCUCAGGAAGUCAAAAUCUUACUUAAGCUGAAAAGCAAUCUCUCUCUCUUUCAAUCCCCCUCUCUUUCACAUACAUGUAAAGGGCUAAUUAAUGAAAUACCCAUUUCCUGAAUAUAACAAUAAUCCAAAUUUUGUCUUUAACUAUAACAUGUAUAUACAAAGCAAGCCCCUGUUUGUGAAAAUAUUCUUCCAAAAAAAAAUCCUUUUUGUUUGUCUUUUUUUUGGGAGAGAGAGAGAGCAAGAGCAUAUAAAAAGGGCAGAGGGGCAGAGGGGCAGAGGGAGAGAGAAAAAGUUUAAACAGGCUCCACACUUAGCAUGGAGCCCUACAUGAGGCUCGAUCCCAAGACUCUGGGAUUGUGACCUGAGCCGAAAUCAAGAGUUGGACAUUCAACCAACUGAGCUACCCAGGUGCCCCUGUAUGUCUUUGCUUUUAAAGAAAGGGUCACCAUGUUACCAACUCCAUACUGAUUCACUGAGCUUAAACUUUAUUGCUUCCAAUAGCUUAGAAAUAGAGCAAAGCAGCAUCCCUUAAAAUUCAAUAUGAAAAGAACCCACAAUCUCAACAUUUAGAAACCUUGGUAGAAAGAAAGAAUUUCUUUAUUUUAAAUUGCAGAUAAUAUGAAGAGCAGAAAGGUACUUACAGCUCCAUGUGUAUGGAGACCCAUCUGUUCCAUCUCUGCUUUUCUUGCUCUUGUAAUAGGGAUGGCUUUGCCUUUCCCAGCCUUUAACAGUUAAAGAUGAAAAUUCUACAUAAUAGAGGAUCUUCAUUUAUCUGUGAAAAGCUUACUUGGAAAUGUGGGAAUCUUCGAGGGAAUUACAACUGACUUUGCCAUUGAUGAAUUUAGCAUAUUAUAUAUUUUUAUUAGCAUUGGUGUUGACAUUAUAAGAUCAUUUGAAUAAUAAAAUGUCAUUUGUUA